CCCUCUCUGACGUCAUCUGGCAGCAAUCCAUUCGGCCCCCCUUGAGCGAAUUCAUUCAACUCUGUCGUCCACUCACACCCACGCCAUGGAUGUACGAGUGAGUGAAGUCGAGUGAGACUAAUCAAUCACAUGAUGGCACACGCCUGCCCACAAUGCGGGCCGCAGACAGGCACCCCGGUCCCAGGCUCGAUGCGGAUGCCUUCUAUAGCCGUCCAUCCCACCACACACGAACAACACACACAAACGUGUUUUUAUGCAUCGUGUGCUCCUUCCCACCCUGCCUGCCUGCCUCCCCUGUUGUCUCUCACCUGAGUCUCUUGCGUGGCGCAUGAUGAUGUCGGUCUCGUAUUGCCGCUGCAGCGAACACAGCUGCACGAGGGGAGGACAGAAAUGUAGCACAUGCAUCCAUCCAUCCAAUGUUUGUUGCGUCUGCCCGCCAGCCAGUCCUACGCCCAUCGCAUCGACCCACCUCACCCACCUGAUCGUCCAGAAGGCUCUUCUGCGCCGCCAGCCGCUUGUUCUCCUCCUAACUCACGCAAAGCAGACACCUCCCCUGAGUUGAAAUAACAGAAGCGUGAUGGUGGUGGCCUACCUCUAGUCUUUGGACACGCUCAGUGAGAUUCGAUAUCUGGUCGGCAGCCAACGUGGCCUCCACGCCGGUGAGCGAGUGGCCGUAGGGGUGAGGCUGAGGCGGCCGACGCAUCGCUGACUCACUCGGAUAAGCACUGCUCACAUCACCUGCGCACCGCACGGACAAACAAUAUGAAAGACAUCAUGUGCACGAAUGCCCCCUUCUCUUGUUUUCUCCCCUGCCCACCUCCGUACAGCGGCCCAUUUGGGGGCUCAGCUUGUGGCUCCGGCACACCAUUGACGCCAGGCAGGCUGUCGGGAGUCGCGGUGCUGCCGCUCGCAGCCCCGCCAGCGUCCACUGCCCUCGCCCCGGGCCGCCAGGGCACCUCCCAUGGCGACGACUGCAUGGCUUCGGUGGAUGGGGCCACAUCUGUCGACGUGCGCGUGCCGAAGACGGUGGAUGGGGGCGGCUGGGGUGUGGUUGUUGACGGGAGUCGGGGCGUGGGCGACACUGACGACUCGAGAUUCUGCGGCGCUUCACGGCGCAUUGCCAUCACUGCAGGCAUACAGGACGCUCUCAGCUCUGCCGGCGUCCCCUUCCUUUGUGCUCGUGUGUGUGUUGCGUACCAGUGUAGUCGUCAAGGAGUGAUGGCAGCGCGGGCAGAGUGGGUGCGUCGGACCUCAUCAUGAGGCAGUGGGCGCGGACGGGCUCCACAGGGCUCGUGAAGGAUGGGCCGCCCAGGAUGGCACCCACAUACUGACAGCAGGAAGGAAGGCAUCGACUCAUGCACCCACUGGAUGAUGACGGAUCUUGUCUUGUCUGUCGAUGCCGAUCUGCACUGUUCUCUCUCACCUGUGCGCAGAGCGGUAUCGAAUCGAAGUACAAGAAAGCGGCCGCCUGAUGAUCUGCACACAGGCGCACACAGACAUGAUGGACGCAUGGGAUGACUGACGCUUGUGGCUGGCCGUAUGUCAGCACCGACCGUGUCUUCGUCUGGGGUCGAAGAGCAGCGGGAAGAAUGACGCAGUGGACGACGGGUCAGCAGCGUUGGUGUUGAAGUACAGGUGCACCAGCAGCGCCUCAGGGCCACGACUCAGCAGCAGGGACGCAUGCCGCCGAUACUUGUUGCACACACGAGCUGCACACACACACACACACACAACCAUGAUGCCUGCCAAAGCACUCAGUCGGUUAAGGAGCCUUCUCACCAAGCUCGAGAAUGAUGUUGUGGAUGUCCGAUGGUCUGGUUUCGAGCGCCUUCUCGACCCGCAGUGCCACACCGUAGCGAGGCAGCGGGCCCAUUAAACCCGUCACAUCCGCCUCCUGCACCAGCCACCGACCCAGUCAUUCGCUGCUCGCUGCACGUGUGUAUGCUAUGCGUGUGUGUGUGCUUGCCUGCAGGUCGACUCGUAUGGCGAGGUCCCGCAGCUGCACGAUGGCGUCGGCCACGGUGCUGCUGAUAUGACGGUCAGACUGGAGGUACAGACACGCCUAGACCACCACCAACAACUAUGAGUGACGACAACUGCCCCAGCUGCUUUUCCUUCUGUGUGAAUGUGUCGCUCGCAUUGUGUGUGUCGUGUGGGUUUGUUUCCCCCCAAUCACCUACCUCCAUGCAGGCGAUUUUGGCUCCCGCAGACGCCCCUCCAUGGAACGCGGCACCCUUGGACGCCUCGACCUUGUAUGAGAAACCAGUGGUGCUCCCGGGCAUCGGACUGUCGAUAUAUUGCAGAUUCCUCUGCCGCCGUCGCUGGCUGGGGUGGUGGCUGAUACUUGUGUCCUGGACUUGACAAUGUGUGUUUGGUUGCUGAAGCUCCCUCCAAGUCAGACAAUUCUGACGCUAAAGUUGUCGUUUCUUGAUGAUGGAGGAUGUCAACAAUGGCUUCAGUGAUGACCGUAACAGCGACACUAAAGAAAGG